CAGGUCCUCUGCUAACACGCGCCUCUUGUUCCAGGGAGCCUAUUUCUCAAGCUUGACGCGCUGGGCGUUGUAGUCGUCGCGUCAGCCAACAACCAUGCCAAAGAGGAGGGCGUCGCGGUGGAAAGAUAUCCUGCCAAAUUCGGUGACCCUAACGAGUGGACUGGCGGCCUUCCCAAUAUGAUUGUGGUCUCCGCUUCAGACUGGAAGACCCAGAGGGGCGACUUCUCCCAGUACUCCCCUUGGGUCACAACGUUUGCACCGGGGACCGACGUCCGAUGCCCAGCCAUCAAGGAGUUUGACGACGGCAAAGAACCUAUGAGGGUUUGCAGAGGUACAUCCUUCGCCGCUCCACAGGUCGCUGCCCUCGCCGCUUAUUUCCGCGCAGUGCCCUCUCCUUGGCAGUCUCAGUUGAGCAAGCCGAGCAACGUCAAAAAGCUCAUCCAACUCUUCGCCCGCCGCUUUGCGGUGGAGGACCAUAAUGUUGACCCGGUAGCCCGGCGGCCAAUUAUCUGGAACGGCCAGGUCGGCGAGCACAGCUGUCUGCGCGACUACGGGUCCAAGGAAGACUGGGCCAAGGUGUGCCCAACGAUCAAGGACAACCUGGAGGACGAGCCGGUAAACCCUGGACAGCCGGUCGAGCCCUGCGAUGCCGGCCAAGCUGGAAGUUUUGCGAAUCCCGGUAGGCGGCGGCGCAGGCAAGCCGGCGGCGGGGGGAGCUGCCCCUAUGUCCCCGGGGACAAUGGCCCCGGCAAGAAUAUCAACUGGGAAGAGGGACCGUCGGCGCCAGAAUGUGCCGGCGACGACAAUUGCGGCGGAGAGCUUUGCGAGGGGUACUACUGCGAUCCGGACCCGGAGAUUCCUCAUCCCCCGGACUACUACGACCCCAAGGAUCCUGGGAACCCUCAUGGCCAGCCCCCGCAGACGCCCCCGGACCCGGACCCGGAGCCAACGUCGACGACAACCAGCAGCACGCCGCCCACGAAUACACCAAAGCCCCCGGUAGAAACUAUGCCACUGUGUGUUGGCUCCUCGGUAACGCCCACAGGGCAAUUUCCCGUCUACGCCUAUAGCGCCUAUUCGCCUGGUAAGUGGACUUAUAGUUUCCCGCCUAGGUCUCAGUUCCCAAGCCCAUAGACGAUUAACACCUCUAGGACUCCACUGCGAUGGCAUCUUUAUCGUCGACGGUAAUAUUGGCUCAUCUCCGGACAUCUGCGACGCGCCUAAUGACAACUUCUCCUUCGAUAUCUGUGACACCGAGCUUACCUUUGUUAAUGAAGGUCCUGAAUUUUUCUCGAAAUGUGGCUUCCAAAUUGAAAUUGAGGGCAAGAAGUAUACUCCUCGCCAGUUGGAUCCCCUUGAUGAGGAUAACCCUUGCUCGGGUUACUGUGACACGGUGGGGAUCUCGGGGCUUUUGUUGUAUGAUUUACCUGCACCCGCUUG